AUGGCUCUGAGCUCUCGCGCACACGCCUUCUCGGUGGAAGCUUUGGUGGGGAGAACCAGCAAAAGAAAACUGCAAGAUCCAAGAGCGAAGGCGCAGCCUGAGUUACAGGAGAAAGAGGGCAGAGAGGAACAGGAGGAGAGAAGGAGCGGUGCAGCAAGGAAGAGCGAGCAACCCGAAAAGCGACCCAAGACAGAACCUUCAACUACUCUCUCUGGCUGCGGUGGCGGCGGUGGCGCCGGCAACAGCCGCGAAAGUCUAGAAGAGAAAGAUGCUAUCCACGUGGAACUUCAAGGAUCCGAGCUGUGGAAGCGAUUCCAUGACAUUGGAACUGAGAUGAUCAUUACCAAGGCGGGCAGACGGAUGUUCCCCUCAGUUCGAGUCAAGGUGAAAGGACUGGACCCAGGAAAACAGUACUACGUGGCCAUCGAUGUGGUACCGGUGGAUUCCAAACGCUAUAGAUACGUGUAUCACAGCUCACAGUGGAUGGUAGCUGGGAAUACGGACCACUCGUGCAUCACUCCCAGAUUCUAUGUCCACCCGGACUCGCCCUGCUCGGGAGAGACCUGGAUGCGGCAGAUCAUCAGCUUCGACCGCGUGAAACUCACCAACAACGAGAUGGACGACAAAGGCCACAUCAUUCUGCAGUCCAUGCAUAAGUACAAACCUCGUGUGCACGUGAUGGAGCAAGACAGCAGGGUUGACCUGUCCCGAAUUCAGUCUCUGCCUGCUGAAGGGAUCAAAACGUUCUCCUUUAAAGAAACGGAAUUCACUACAGUGACUGCUUACCAGAACCAGCAGAUUACCAAACUGAAAAUAGACAGGAAUCCUUUUGCUAAAGGAUUUAGAGAUCCUGGAAGAAACAGGGGUGUAUUGGAUGGGCUUUUAGAAACCUACCCAUGGAGGCCUUCUCUCACUCUGGAUUUUAAAACCUUUGGUGCAGAUACACAAAGUGGAAGCAGUGGCUCAUCUCCAGUGACGUCUAGUGGAGGGGCUCCUUCUCCUUUGAACUCCUUACUUUCUCCACCUUGCUCUCCACCAACGUUUCACUUACCUACAAGCUCCCUUGGAAUGCCCUGUCCAGAGACAUACUUGCACAAUAUCAACUUGCCCCUUUGCUACAAAAUUUGUCCAGCUGAUUUUUGGCGACAGCAACCUUUUGUCUUACCUACUUCUGAAAGGCUAGCAAGCAGCAACAGUUCUCACCCUUUAGCCCCAUUCAUGAUGGAAGUGCCCAUGUUAUCUUCUCUGGGGGUUGUCGGUUCAAAAAGUGGUUCAUCUGAAGACUUCAAUGGGCAGUGUCUUCAAACAUCUAAUUCUUCCAGUCAAAUGUUGUGUGGAUUACAGGCAUCUGGAAACAUUUUCCCACCCAACUCCAUUGCCCGAGAAGCACUCAGUUGCUCUUUCCAUCCUCCCUAUGGCUUUUAUAGGUAUAACUUCUCUAUGCCAUCUAGACUGGUAAAUGCUGCCAACCAUCUCAAAGUGAAUGACAACAGUCAAGUUUCUUUUAGAGAAAGCAAAUGUAAUCAUGCUCAUUGGCAUUCAACAAUUAACCAUUGUCUUUAA